AUGGAGUCGAUUAACACGAAUGAAACUCCCAAUUCCCAAAAUAAAGCUGAGCAGAAAAACCAGAAUUCGAAAAAGAAGAAGAAGAUCAAGGAAGGAGAUUUGAAUUUAUUGGGAUACCCAAUAGAUGGGAUAUCAAUAGCAGGUCAUGAGACGUGCAUAAUACUCCCCACGCUCAACUUAGCAUUUGACAUCGGCAAGUGCCCUCAACGCGCUAUCUCCCAGCAGUUCCUCUUCAUCUCCCAUGGCCACAUGGACCAUAUAGGAGGACUGCCCAUGUAUGUUGCGACCCGUGGCUUAUACCGAAUGGCACCCCCAACAAUUAUUGUGCCAAAAGUCAUAAAAGAAAGUGUGGAAAAGAUAUUUGAAGCUCACAGGGCAAUGGACCACUCUGAGCUUAAGCACACUCUUAUUGGUUUGGAUGUGGGUGAAGAAUAUAAGUUAAGAACAGACCUUAAAGUGAGAGCUUUUAGGACUUACCAUUCCAUUCCUAGCCAGGGUUAUAUAGUUUAUUCUGUGAAACAGAAACUUAAGCAGGAAUAUAUUGGACUACCAGGAGAGGAAAUUAAAAAAUUGAAGCUAUCAGGCGUGGAGAUCACCAAUACAUCUACAUCACCUGAAAUUGCUUUCACUGGAGACACUAUGUCCGACUUCAUUACUGAUCCUGACAACGUUGAUGUCUUAAGGUCAAAGAUCCUCAUUAUGGAGAGCACCUAUGUUGAGAAUUUAACGACGGAGGUGGAUGCAAGAGAAUAUGGACACACUCAUUUGUCAGAGAUUAUCAGUUCUGCAGACAUGUUUGAGAAUAAAGCAAUUCUUCUAAUCCACUUUUCUGCUCGUUAUCAGUUAGAUGUCAUCGAAGAUGCUGUUUCUGCAUUGGCUCCACCUUUGGCAGGACGAGUUUUUGCCCUCACUAAAGGAUUUUGA